AACUCAAAGCAGUUCCUUAGCUUCUUCUUUUUGUUUCUCUAAUUGUCUUAAAAUUCAUCUCGUUCCCCAUUCCUAUAAACUAGGAAUUCAUAGUUCUAUCGAGAAAUUAGGGAUUUAGAUGGGUUGUGUUUCAUAUAUGAGUUGCGUUUCAUCUCUAGGUUCUUUGUUGUAGACGUUGAGGCUGAAACCCAACCAUUACUAGCUGAAGAUCGGGUCGAAGGGGUUGGGUUGCAUCUAUGGUUGGGGUGGUUAUGGGUGUCAGGUUUACAGGGAGAUGGGGACUGGGCGAUAGCAAAAGGGAAAGGUGGUUUAUGUCGAGCUUGUGGGUUGUUGGUUGCAAGGGAUGUGGGUUGUUGGUCGAAGGUUAAAAUGACCAUAUCUCUCUCUCUCUCUCUCUCAGUCUCUAUCAGACCCAAAUUUGGGGAUUUUGGAUAUGGGUUUAGAAUCAAAACCAAAUUGGGAAUUCACAAGUUUGCUGUGAGAUUCCAAGUCUUUUGAACUGUCUAUUCAUCCUCCUAAGCUGCUAAAGCAGCAACAACAAAGCUCUUUUUUUCAUUCUCCGGUUGAGUUUCAGGCUUAUGGAUGACUUCAACUAGGGCAAAGGAAGGCCAUGACUAUGGAUUUGGUGGACAAGAGAAAGGCACAGUGGAAGCCAUGGAAUUGGGUUUUGGAUGUCUUGAUAAGGUUUGGUGUGGGGAGGGGGAGAGAGACAGAGAAAUGGAGACGGAGACAGAGACAGAGACAGAGCUGAAGAGAUGAGGGAGGUGAUGGUGGUGUAAGCGAAGGAGGAGCAGUGGGGGUGGCUGAGUUUGGAUGACGGUGGAGAUGAGAUGGGAGUUGGCUAGGUUUGGAUGACAGUGGAUGAAGUGGGGAAGGUGGGUCACAGACGAGGCUAGGAAUGAGAGGUUCGAUUUUAAACUUUUUAAUUAAUUUAAAAAAAUAAAGAAUUUUUUAAUUAAUUUUUAGAUUGGAUGUUACAUCAACCUAAAAAAUGAGUUUCACUUUUGCCACAUCAACAAUUAACAUAAUUUUUAACGGUCUUAUUAAAGGAGGGUGUCUUUUGAAAAGUUUUAUUAAAUUAGGGUACCAGUCAAAUGAGUCUUUAAAGAUUGGGUAUGAUUUUGUAAUUUCCUCCUAAAAUAAAAUAAAAGAAGGAAAAACAGAGAAAGCUCAUUAUUAUUAGUGUGUACAUAGGUGCUCUUGCUUUGGGCAUGUAAAUCCCAGCACAUUAACAUUUACACACCAUGAGAAGCGCGUGUACCACGCACUUAUCAGGUGGCAUCAACUUUUGUCACCCUCAUUAAGGAAUUUACUCCACGCGCUUCAAGUGCAUGUGGUCUUCAGCUUCCUUACCCCAUCUUUUUCAUAAUCAAUCUCAGAAUUCACUCAGACAUAGAUGUACAACAAGAUCACCAAAACCAACCCAAAGCUCAGAUAGCUUUAAUUUUUUCAAAAUCUUGUGGGGAUUUUCUUUGAGAAAAAUAAGUCCAGAGCAAAUAACCCAAAGCUAAGGCAUACAGAGAAAGAGAAAAGCAAGCUGUUUCAAUGGCAGAUACAACAGAAGAUGAGCAAGAAACACCGCCGCCGCGAUCAUAUUACAUGAUGUUUUUAACAACUAUGAGCAAAAGGAGAACAUGGGUAUGUCUAUUUGUGUUAGUUUAUGCCAUCCUUUUAACUUCUUUAUGGAAUUUCCUCAAAUCCAUACUGUCUUGGUAUGAAUUGCAAGCCCAACCUUCUUCCUCAUCAUAUGGGUGGCCUGCCCUUUAUGCCUCGGUGCUUCUUGGGGCAGUUUUUGGGCUGCUUUCCAUGUUUGCAGCUCUUGCAGUCGUGGUGCCUGCCACUUUGGUCACCUGGAUCACUAUUGUGGUCAUGCUGGCCUUCUUUGGGAAGCCUAGGAGUACUUUGGUUGUGGAGGGGAGGAAGAUUACAAGAGAGAUUUUUGGGAUUGUGAUCAGGAUUUUGUUGAAGGAAGGCAAUUUGGUGGCUGCUGCUUGUGCUGUUUUGGGGUAUUUUGCGCUUUUUAGGAGGAGUUCUGAGGUGAUCGAAUGAUUUGGUUGCUGGGAUUUUUGCUAGUUCUAAGGGGGUUGAAAUGGGUGUGUAGAUUUGAAGGAUGGGGUUUUGGAUUUGGUAAAGUUUUCUCCUCUCUUCCCUAAGACAUUAUUUGGUAUUUCUGUUUUUCUACUCAAGAAUAGAAAGGGUAAAGCUCUGAACCCCCCAUGUUGUUGUAGGGCUCUGUAACAUUACUUCUUUUGAUUUUAUUGUGCGAUCUGACUCUUAUUUCUUGUGUUAUCUUUAUCCUUCCCCAAUUUUCGCAAUUUUGUAGACUAUACAUGUUUGAAAUCAUGGGUGUUUUUUUCUUUGUGAUAAA